CCCUCCUAUCUCUUUCUCUCUCUCUUUCUCUGGGUAUGGAAGUGUUUCAUAUUGAUGAUCUUUUGGAUUUGUCCAACGAAGAGCUUUUUUCAUCCGCUUCUACUUCCACCAACAACGAUACUCUCCCAAACACUGAAACCCCUUUCAUUUACUCCUCCGCCGCCUUUCAUCCCUCUUUCUCCAACAACGACUUCACCCAUGACCUUUGUCUUCCUAGUGAUGACGUGGCCGAGCUGGAAUGGUUGUCGCGGUUCGUAGAUGAUUCUUUCAGCGACUUCCCAUCGAACUCGCUCGCCGAAGCUCUUAACCCUAGAAAUGACCACUCGUCGUAUUCGAACAAAGCUUGGAGCAAUCGUUCCAGAGCGCCGCCAUCGAAGGCGAAAAGGGAAUCCCAACGUCAAGCAUCUCCGGCGGCGGAAGGAGGGUUUCGGCGGUGCACGCACUGCGGGUCGGAGAAGACGCCGCAGUGGAGGACGGGGCCAUUAGGACCGAAGACGUUGUGCAACGCUUGUGGGGUUCGGUAUAAGUCGGGGCGUCUCGUGCCUGAGUACCGGCCUGCGGCGAGUCCAACAUUCGUGCUAACACAGCACUCGAACUCACACCGGAAGGUGUUGGAGCUUCGGAGGCAGAAAGAGCUGUCGAGACAGCAGCAAGAAGAAGAAUACCGUCACCACCACAACCAGCAGCAGCGGCAACAACACCGCCAACAGCAUGACUUUGAGGUUUGCUGACGUGCUAAAGUCUUAGUGUUAUUGUUGUAAUCACGUUCAAUGAGACAGUACUAUUUUGGACCCUUCGGCAAUGUUCAGCAUCACCAUCAAACGUGUCGUUUCUUUGUUUUUCCAUCAUCGCCUCUUUUAUUUAUUUAUUUUCCAUUUUUCUAUAAUUUUGUAAAGAGAAAAAAAGGUCAUU